GUAAUGGAGCAGGCUAAGAUGGCUUCGCCCAAGAGCGCCCCGAAGGAUGCUCAGGUGAUGGCCCAGAUUCUGAAGGACAUGGGAAUUACUGAGUAUGAACCAAGAGUAAUUAACCAGAUGCUGGAAUUCACAUACAGAUAUGUAACAACAAUAUUGGACGAUGCAAAGAUUUAUUCUAGUCAUGCCAAAAAAUCAGAUGUUGAUGCAGAUGACGUAAGACUUGCAAUUCAAUGUAGAACCGACCAGUCCUUUACUUCUCCUCCUCCACGAGAUUUUUUACUAGAUAUUGCACGACAAAAGAACCAAACACCCCUGCCAUUAAUCAAACCGUAUGCUGGACCGAGAUUGCCACCGGAUAGAUACUGCUUGACUGCCCCAAACUAUCGUCUUAAAACAAUGCAGAAGAAGAUUUCCUCUUCAGCAGGAAGAAUAACCGUGCCAAGAUUAAGUAUGGGGGCUGUAUCCAGCCGACCAAGCACUCCAACUUUAGGAACACCAUUGGCACAAACAGUUUCUGUUUCUAAAAUGGGCACGCCUGUGUCACUAACUAGUCAGAGGUUUACCGUACAGAUCCCAACCUCACAGACUUCGGUUAAAACAGCUACUCCAACAACUACCACAGUUCAGAAUGUUCUCAUUAACCCCUCCCUAAUUGGAUCAAAGAAUAUUCUCAUUACAACAAACAUGGUGUCAUCACAGAAAACAGCCAAUGAAUCAAACUCUGUAAAGCGCAAACACGAGGAUGAUGAAGAUUAUGAUGUAAUAUAACAGGUUAUUUAAUAUAUUUCUGCUUUUCUUGCUGGGGGGGGUUAUUCUGGACACUUUUUUUGAGAGCACUAUAAUCAGAUAUGCUGGGUAUUGACUGAAGAAACAUUCGAGGAAAUAUAAUUUAAAGAAUAAUGCAAAACGUCUGUGUGCUUUCUAGAAAGAAAUACAAUUAAACAUAUUUUUUUUUAUACAUUGGAACUUUUUGGUUUUAUGGAAUCCUGUUAUGUUUUUUAUGUUUUGUUUUUUUAUGCAUGUCACUUUUAGCAGCCCCAGACAACCCUUGGUUGUCACUCUGUUCGGUAACUAGAAAUAAGUGUAAGGAUGUGGGUUGCUUUUAUUUGACAUAAACAAGAUGUCCGGUAUGUAGUUUCAACGGGACAUGUGCUAGAGAUCUUGGUCAGGGGCUUAUGUUCUUUUCUAUGUUCUAUUAUCAAUUUUAAUGCUUUGAUUUUCCGAACAACAAACCAAAUUUACACUUUAUUUGCCUAUAAAAGCAAUGCUGUGGGUUAAAAUGUAGUUUCUGCAGCAUUAUAUUAUUCCAUUUUUUUUAUGUUCAUAUAGAAUUUAUAUAGUAUAUGUGCUAAAAUAUUCAGCUGUGCUAUUCAAUAGAAAGUGUAUGCCUCACGCAUACAGAUUAUAUACCAAUACUGUCUGAAAAGGGAGUUGAAGAGGGUGCUGCUCAUUACAGCUUACAAUACAAAAGAUAAUAUGUUAUACAUAUAUUUUGGUUUUGCAGUAUUAAUUGAACUGGUUCCUGUCAAUUAAGCACUGAUGUAAAUAUGCAACCUAACUGCUUUUAAAUGGAAAUUAUGGAGGUUAUUUAUUAAAGGUUGACUUGAUUGUUACUCAAA